CGGCUGCGGCCCGAGCGGGGGUGGGGGGCAUGGGGGGCUGCCUUUCCUCGCAGGCGGCGGACGACCUCUCGCUGCUCAACGACUCCACGGGCGACGGAGCGAGCCUCGGGCCUGGGGAUCAAGCCCCGCCGCCCCCUUACCAGGAACAUGCACCGAUUCCAGUGUAUCAUCCAACGCCCAGCCAGGCGCGUCUCGCCACACAACUGACGGAAGAGGAGCAGAUCCGUAUUGCGCAGAGGAUUGGGCUAAUCCAACACCUUCCCAAAGGAAUCUUUGAUCCGGGUUCGGAGCCCUCAGAAAAGAAAAUUAAAGAGUGUGUGAUCUGCAUGCUGGAUUUUGUAUAUGGAGACCCCAUUCGGUUCCUGCCAUGCUUGCACAUCUACCAUGUACACUGCAUUGAUGACUGGCUGAUGCGAUCAUUCACAUGUCCUUCGUGCAUGGAGCCAGUUGAUGCUGCUCUGCUGUCCUCCUAUGAGACUAACUGAGGUGGAUCCAUGCCCUACUCAUGUUUAUGCUUCCAGGCUAGGGUUAUGUGGGAGGCUGGGAGGUGGCACACACUUUUAUUUGCACACUUCCGGGAUACACCAAAGAAUUCUGUGUUGAAGAACCCUGAUCCCAGAUCUCAAAGACAACACAGAGCCAUUUCGGCUUGACUGGCUGUGCUAAAGGUUGACUUGUGCCAUAACUGAGCAUUUGUACCCAAUGACAAUUAAGGAAAAAAGGCAAUGCUGGAGCUGUCCAUUCACUCCUUCCCCAACUAUUUUUUUUAGGUUAAGAUUCUCUGAAAUAAUUCUUAGCUCUCAUGUCCUAAUUCCUCGCUGAGUUUGCGAGUAGGGUUUUAUUCACUGAUCUCAGAGGCAGAAACCUUGGGAUUUCAAAUUAGUUAGAGGAACUCUAGGGUUUUGGUUGGUUUGUGGUGGAAACUGGGGCUUUCUCAAAGCAUUCUGAGCACUCUCAUUGAUUGAAAGGGAUGGUGCUUAGAAUAACUGGGUGGCAACGGCAGCAGUGUUUAUGUUGACCACUAUUGAAGUAUAUGUGCUGCACUGCAGAAAACCUACAGAACAGUUCUUUGUGAGACACUUUGUGGAGCAGAAACAUUGGGGUGGGGCUAUAGCUUGAUCCGGGGUCAGCUGGAGGAAGAGUGGUUCUCUUUGAAAGCUGAUGUUUCAGCUAAGGAGACUGCCUAGAGGAACACUUCCUUCUCUUUCCUGCUUUUAAAGUGUUUUUCUCAAUCAGGAUGGGUUAUUUUAAUAUUUUCUGAAGUACCGUAUUUGCAGGUUAGGCUCCAGUACUAAUAUUCUAAAGUUCAUAGGAAUAAAAAGUGCACAGGGUCAAUAGAGAAUGAUUUCAUCUCGUCACAUGACUAGAACGGAUUUAGUGAAGCAAAGGGUAUUUUCUCACCCACACUCAAGUACUCAUUCAGGUGUAGCUAACAGGGUUUUGCUUGACAAGUGAAGAUGGCUCGAAGUUCAGAAUUUCUCCAUGAAAUUAUUAAAAGCAGCAUUGACACUUUUUAGACCAUUUGAGCGUGUACAGUGAGAGUUUGCAAAGUUAUUUGUAAAUAAGAAUUUUUAUAGAAGGUUGGUGCUUCAGUGCAGUGAAGUCCUUUCAAGAGACCUGCCUGUGGGUUAAGGCGUUUAAGUGCACUACUAUAAAGAGUGACGGCAUUCUUGCUUGGCUGUUUUCCCAGUGUUUGCCUUACACAAGCUCAAGUAAAAAGCUCUUGUCUCAUAGGAAACUGCCAGCGCAGCCCAUUGUUUAGUGCCAAGCAGCAAUCCACCCCAUUUGGAAAGGCUGUCCUUAGUUAUACUUUGUUGUUUAUUGCCUUGCAAGUGGAGAGGCGUGAAAGUGCUUUUCUUAUUAUGUAUUAUCCUUAACAAGGAUUUAGCACUUGAAAGUAAAACCAAUGUAUAUUGCAUUCAAUUAAAUAAAACAGAUUGCCUAUAA